AUGUGGAGGAAGAGGCAUGAGAACCAAGAUCCUGAGUGGAUGUUCAUUUCUUUCCAGCAGUUAGGAUUCACAGAAUUUGAAAUUCAGGUCUAUCGAGUUGGUGUCAAUCCUAAUGGGAACUUUGUGGCAGUUAAGAGAAUAUGGAACAAGAGGAAUUUAGACCACGGGCUUGAGAAACAGUUCCUUGCAGAAGUUGAAGUAUUGGGUAGCAUUCGACAUUCUAAUAUUGUGAAGUUGUUAUGUUGCAUUUCUAGAGGAAACUCAAAGGUUUUGGUGUACGAGUACAUGGAAAAUCAAAGCUUAGACAAGUGGUUGCAUCACAAGAGAAGAAGUGAAAAAGAUAUUACUGCCUCAGCACAUUGUGUAUUGGAAUGGCAUACUAGACUGCAAAUUGCAAUUGGUGCUGCCCGAGGUCUAUGUUACAUGCAUCACGAGUGCUCUACGCCAAUCAUUCAUCGUGACAUUAAGUGCAGUAAUAUCCUUUUAGACCAUGAACUGAAUGCCAAAAUUGCAGAUUUUGGACUAGCUAAGAUUUUGGCCAAGUGGGGAGAGACAGAGACUGCUUCUGCUAUCGCUGGCACGUUUGGCUACCUAGCUCCAGAGUAUGCAUACACGUCGAAAGUGAAUGCCAAGAUUGAUGUCUACAGUUUUGGUGUGGUGUUAUUGGAGCUGGUUACCGGGAGAGAACCAAUUAACGGAGACGAGCAUAUAAACCUUGCACAAAGGGCAUGGAACCACCAUGAAGAAGGCAAUCCAGUGGUUGAUGCUAUUGAUGAAGAAAUCAAGGAAGCAUGUUUCUUGAACGAAAUGAGUUCCAUGUUCAAGUUGGGGAUUAUUUGCACCAGUACUGUACCUUCUGCUAGACCUUCCAUGAAGGAAGUUCUGCAAAUUCUAUUACUUAGCCUUAAUACUUCUUCCUAG